GCCGCCCUCGCCCCCGAGCUCGCCCUUGGCCCGCGGCGGCCCCGAAAGGGUGCGGGAGACGCGAAGCCGGAGGAGGAGGCGCAGCCGCUGCCCGAGCCGCAGCCGCAGCCGCAGCCGGAGCCCGAGCCGCGGGGCGGGCGCGAAGAUGCACACGACCCAGAAGGAUACGACGUACACCAAGAUCUUCGUCGGGGGGCUGCCCUACCACACCACCGACGCCAGCCUGCGCAAGUACUUCGAGGUCUUCGGCGAGAUCGAGGAGGCGGUGGUCAUCACCGACCGGCAGACGGGCAAGUCCCGGGGCUAUGGAUUUGUCACCAUGGCUGACCGGGCUGCUGCUGAAAGAGCCUGCAAGGAUCCCAACCCCAUCAUUGAUGGCAGGAAGGCCAACGUGAAUCUGGCAUACUUGGGAGCAAAACCAAGGAUCAUGCAACCAGGUUUUGCCUUUGGUGUUCAACAGCUUCAUCCAGCCCUUAUACAAAGACCUUUUGGGGGCUACUACGUGAUAGAGUCUGGUUCUAGGCUGGGAAUCAUGGUUUGCCUGACCUCAAAAGCCACGUUCUUUCCUCUGUGUCAAGCUGUAGCCAAAGAGACACCACUCCACUCUCGCCUGUAAUCUCGUAAGAAAACUGAGAAGCAUCGAGAAAGCUGUCCAUAUGGCUUCAGAUGAGGCAGAGUGACAUCAGGAUACCUGCCCACUAUGUCUAUCC